ACACUGUUCAUGUGCUGGACCCCAACAACUGACCCUGACCUGAAGAAGUCUGCCUGUGCCGGGCAUCACAGCUGUUCCUCCUCUCCUUGCCCCCCCUCCUCCACGGGUCGCUCGGCCCCCUGCCCCUCCCCCAGGACAGCAGGCGAGGCACCCCCCUCCAUCCCCUCCAGCACUCAGCCCUGCCACCUCCACCCCCCUCAAGCGGCCGAACGGAGACUCCCACCCCCUCCACCCUCUGUGUCCUAUACUUCUCCUCCCCCUCCCCCUGGCCACCAGCGCUCCAUGCCUGCCCCUCCUCCACCUCCUCCCCCGCCUCCCCCAGCCCAGAGCUCUGGAGACUUUACUCCUCCUCCACACCCCUGUAAAGGUCCCCCACCACCUGCUCCUGCAUCUACAGGAGAAUGUGAAGGAGGUGGAAGAGGAGCUCUGCUGGACCAGAUCCGCGUCGGGAGGAAGCUCAAAAACGUCACAGACAGUCCUGAGUCACCUCCGCCUGCCGAGACAGACUCAGAGGGCAUCGUAGGAGCUCUGAUGAUGGUCAUGCAGAAGAGGAGUAAAGUCAUCCACUCCUCUGAUGAAGGUGAAGAAGAAGGAGGUUAUGAUGAUGAAGAUGACGAUGAGUGGGACGACUGAUAAGUGCAUUCCAUCCUGUAUUAUUUUCCACUCUGUAACCAUGGACGCAACAGUCUGGUUGAUCCGGUUAAUCUCAUUUGUGUUGGUGUUUUUGUAUCAGUUGCUGACUAGAAGGUGACUCACGAAGAUUUACAUCAGAAGAAUGCUACAGAUAAGGAUUGUGUGAAAGUCCCAAAUGUGAGAGAAAUCAACAGAACGUAAGACAGAGAAACGAUUGAUGGGAUCACAUAUGUUUAUAUUUGUCGUUCAAACGUUUCCAGUUUAGGACUCACGCUGAGUAUGUACAACACAUUACAGUAUGUUGCUGUACAACACAUUACAGUAUGUUGCCGUACUACACAUUACAGUAUGUUGCCGUACUACACAUUACAGUAUGUUGC